ACCAUUUGAGCUUUAAUUGCAUAUACAGUGAAAUUCCCCAAGACGGACAGUCCUUAUAACCGGACAGCUCCAAUAACCGGACAAAUUUUGUGUACACAGGUUUUUCAAUCAUUUUUUCAUACAAAUAUCAUUCUAAUAAACGGACGCUAUAAUAACCGGACGCGGACACUGUAUUUUAAGCCAUUUCCAUGAAAAAAUUUCUCAUAAACGGACAAAAUUCAAAAACAUCGCAAGCAAGCUUUGUUGUUCAUUAUAAAAAUGAAAUAGGGGAUUCCCCUUUUAACAUGUAUGCACACAUUCAAGCCGUGCGUGUCAAGUAAAAGGUAGUUUUCUAUUCAGUUUGUCAAGUAAGUUGCAUGCGAGUGGUUGCGUUCAAAGUUCGUAAUAAUAUGGCACCGAAAAAGAAGCUACUUUCUAUUAAAGAGAAAAUGCAAAUUAUUAAUGUUUUCGAAAAAGAAAAGUUAUCAGUACGUGGAAUUGCAAAAAGGUUCAAUAUUGGCAAAACGCAGGCUGCUGAAAUUAAUUAAAAUAAAAAAGCAAUUCAUUCUAAAUGGGAGUCUGGAUCUAAUAUUCACCAAAAGCGAAGUUUCCUUAAAGAAGGCGGCUCGGAAAUAGACAGGAUGUGUUUUCAUUGGUUCGCUAAGGCUAGAAGUCAAAAAAUUCCGAUUUCUGGUCCCAUUUUGAAAGCAAAGGCAAUGGAAAUUGCAGGAAAACUGGGUGUACCUAAUUUUAAAGCUUCGGAUGGAUGGCUAGAUAAAUGGCGAUUAAGGAAUAAUGUUUCCUUCAAAUGCAUAUCUGGUGAAGCUGCAGAUGUGAAUCAGGAUGAUGUCGAACAGUUUCAGACAAAGCUGCAAACUCUGUUGAAUGGGUACAAGCCUGAAGACAUUUACAACGCCGAUGAGAGUGGGCUUUUCUUUCGUGCCUUACCGGACAAAACCCUCGCUUUUAAAUCUGAAAAAUGUAUGGGAGGUAAGCUAUCAAAGGAAAGACUCACAAUUUUGUUCUGUGCUAAUAUGGCUCGAGAUAAGGAGCCGCUUUUGGUUAUAGGGAAAGCAGCCCGUCCUCGAUCCUUUAAACAUGUUCCAAUUGCAAAACUUCCAGUGGAUUGGAAGUCUAAUAAAAAAGCAUGGAUGACUCGAGAAGUGAUGAGCGAAUGGCUGCAGCAGUUCAAUCGAAGAAUGAAAGCCCAGAAUCGAAAAAUUAUCUUGUUUCUAAAUAACGCGGCUUCUCAUCCAAACGAAUUAGACUUGACCAACAUAAAAAUUUGUUUCUUGCCACCAAAUACAACGUCAGUUAGCCAACCCCUUGAUCAAGGUAUAAUCCAAAAUUUUAAAACUUUGUAUAGAAGCUUAGUUUUAAAACACCUGAUAACUAAAAUUGGCGAUACAAGUUCUGCCUCAGAGCUCUCAAAAUCGAUUAAUGUACUGGAAGCUGUGUAUUUUAUCAAAGCAUCUUGGGAUAAAGUGGAAGCCACAACAAUCCGAAACUGCUUCCGUAAAGCAGGAUUUUUGGAAACCUUAGAGCAUCCUUCAGAUUUUGAUCCCGAAGAAACACAUUCCACUGGUAGUCUAUGCUAGGCUUCAGGAAGGACUAGAUUUGGCAAAUGAUUUCGAAGGUUUUCUCCAAAUAGAUCAAAAUGUUUUCACUGAGGACAACAAUAUAGAAAUUCAAUUUGACCACCAACCAGAUGAUACUAUGGACUUAAGUGAUUCAGAAGAUGAACCUUCAGAAGAAAUAAGUGACCCCAUAACAUCAUAUGAUGAGGCUUUAAAACUUGUUGCGCGCUUGAAACAAUUUGCAAAAAAUGAUUAUGUAGUUUUUCAGCAGGUUAAAAAUAUCGAGAGUCACUUUGAAAAUUAAAAUUUCAAAUCAAAGCAAUCAAUGUUAAAACAAACAAGCAUCACACAAUUUUUUUUAUCAAACUGGUCGAUAUUGAAAUGUAAAGACUUAUACAAUGUAUUUAAUUGAUAUAUUUAUGUAUGUAUGUAUAUGUAAUACUAAAGUAUUUAAAUAUUCUUUACUUUGAAAAUUUCUUAAAUAAACUACAAUGAAUUUUAUAUGUAUAGUAUAUAUUUUUUGACCUCAUCCCCUGUAAGCGGACAUCUCCUAUAACCGGACAAAAACACUGCGGCCGUGGGUAUCCGGUUAUGAGGAAUUUCACUGUAUAUGAUUUCUGGAAAAGAACGCUUCAUGAUUUUUUAUUGGGGAUCCGGCGAGUUUUAUUUCAGUGCCAUCCACGUAACCUACACAAAAUGUAGUUCGUUGAACGUUUCUCGUACUAUUAGAGAGCACUCAGUUUUAUCUGGCCAGUAUAUAUAUAAAUGGAGUUGUUUUAAAAAUGCCUUGAAUACUCUGCGAGUAAUAUUUGUUAACGUUCCUCCGUCACCAAUCCCAAAAGUUGUCGCAAUUUUUCGUAUCGAUGCACUUUCUUCUGACGAGCCUAAUCUAUAUAGA